AUGUUCACAGUAUACCUCAUUUUCAUUCCAGAAMCCUGCCGCAACAUCGUCGGUAACGGUUCAGUGCCGCCACAGUACUGGAACAAGCCAGCAAUACAAUAUGUGAAAGACAAGAAGAAGGGAAAAGAUAAUCGUGAUGGUGCACAACAUGCAACCAUCUCCAAAAAACAGAGACCCGGCCUAUUGUCUUCUAUCCCGAUCAUCUUCCAGAAGGAAUCAUUCCUGAUUCUCAUUUUCGGGGCCAUUCUUUAUUCUGGCUAUAUUGUGAUCCUCACUGGGUUACCGCAACAGCUUUCGUCAACGUACAAUUACAAUUCAAUUCAAGUCGGCCUGUGUUAUAUUCCUAUCGGUGUCGGACCAAUACUUAUCAGACCAAUAGUCGGUCGAAUAAUGGACGCCAACUUCCGUCGCCAUGCCCGAAAAUCAGGUGUCGCAACUAUUGACAAAAAUGUCCAGCAAGAUAUCGACAAAAUUCCGAUUGAGAGAAUUCGACUUGAAAUUUCAUUGGCGUUUGUCUACAUUUCAUCAAUUGCGAUUCUCCCCUAUGGGUGGGUGAUGGGGUUGCAAAAGCCACCACUUCCAGCUGCACUUGUUCUUCUGUUUAUUAUGGGGCUCUGCACCUCUGCAGCGGUUCAACCUUUGACUGCCCUAAUCAUUGAUAUCAACCCGAAAAGCCCAGCUGCCGGGGGCGCUGCGUUCAACCUAGUUCGAUGCCUCCUUGCAGCGGGAGGUGCAGCUAUAGUCAAUCCACUGCUUAAAUCUAUUGGUCGAGGAUGGACAGGUACCCUCGUUGCUCUCAGUUGGAUCGUGUUAAGUGUUUGCUGGUGGGCGGUCAUCAUAUGGGGUCCAAAGUGGAGAAAGCAGGCGAAAGAGAAAAGCUGA